AUGGCGCACACUGUUAGAGAAUGCUUAUUGGGACUUAUUUUUUUAUUCAUGUGGCUGAUGAUUAAAGCAAAUAUAGAUGUGUGCAAGCGAGGCACAGUGACUGUGAAGCCUUCCCCUGUGAUUCCCCUUGGGUCAGCUGCCAAUAUUUCCUGCUCUUUGAACCCCAAACAUGGCUGUUCUCCUCCUUCCAAUUCUCAAACUUUAAUCCUCUUCAAGUUUGACAGAAAGGUCCAUUCCCACUAUGGUAACUUCUGCACUUUUCAAGUCACCGACCUUCCCCUUGGUGUGACCUUAUUUGUCUGCAAACUGGACUGUCGGAAGAGUCGGCACCAUGUGUGUGGGGUGGAGAUCUCAGUUGGUGUUGCUCCAGAGCCACCUCGAAACAUAUCAUGCAUCCAGAAAGGAGAACUUGGGACUGUGACCUGCACCUGGGACCCUGGACAAGAUCCUCAUCUGAAAACCCACUACACUUUACAGUUAACUGGACCAAACAAUGUGACCUGUCAGAACCUAUGCACCUGUCAGAAUUGUAAUUAUUUGAAUCUUGGAACAACUCUAACUUCUGAUUUAGCUGAAUCCACAUUCACAGUCACGGUCACUGCUAUCAAUGAUCUUGGAAACUCUUCUUCAUUUCCAUUUACAUUCACGUUCUUGGACAUAGUGAGGCCUCUUCCUCCAUGGGACAUCAGAAUCAAUUUUCUAAAUGCUUCCGGGAGCAGGUGUAUCCUACAGUGGAAAGAUGAGCAGCAGGUGGUGCGCAAUCGACUCAGAUACCGGCCUCUGAACAGCAGGUCCUGGAAUAUGGUUAACACUACAAAUGCCAAAGGAAGACACAGCCUACAAAAUCUGACACCAUUUACAGACUAUGAAUUUCAGAUUUCCUCCAAGCUACAUCUCUCUAAAGGAAGCUGGAGCGACUGGAGUGAGUCGCUGGAGACAAGAACACCUGAGGAAGAGCCUGUUGGGACAUUAGACAUCUGGUACAUGAAACAGAACAUCGGUUCUAACAAACAACAGAUCUCUCUUUUCUGGAAGAGUCUGAGUCCAUCAGAGGCAAGGGGAGAAAUCCUCUGCUAUCAGGUGACCUUACAGGAGGUGACAGGGGAAAUGACGCUGGAGAAUAGUACAAAGCACACCUCCUGGACUGGAGUCAUUUCCAGAACUGGGACGUGGACUGCUUCCCUGUCUGCAACCAAUUCGAAAGGCACUUCUGCGCCCACCCGUAUUAACAUAGUGGACCUGUGCGGCACUGGGUUGCUGGCUCCUUCCUGGGUAUCUGCAAAGUCAGAGGACAUGAAGAACAUUGUGGUGACCUGGCAGCCUCCGCAGAAAGCUGCCUCUGCUGUUCAGGAGCUCAUAGUGGAGUGGAGGGCUCUACAGCCAGGAAACACCAUCAGGUCUCCCCCACACUGGUUGCGGAUCCCUCCCUACAACAUGUCUGCUCUGAUUUCAGAGAACAUCUGUCCUUACACCUGUUAUGAAAUCCGGGUGCAUGCACUGUCAGAGGGCCAAGGAGGUUGCAGCUCCACCCUGGGUGACUCCAGCCACAAAGCACCACUGACUGGCCCUCAGAUCACUGACAUCACAGAGAAAAAGGAGAGCCUUUUUAUUUCCUGGUCCCAUAUCCCAAUCCAGGAGUCAGUGGGCUGCAUCCUCCAUUACAGAAUAUACUGGAAACAACGCCACUCUACUGUGCAGCCUGAGCUCUGCGAAAUUCCAUACAGACACUCCCAAAAUUCAUACCCAAUAAGCAGCCUGCAGCCUGGGGUGACAUACACCCUAUGGAUGACAGCUCUGACUGCUGCUGGUGAAAGUCCCCAAGGAAACGAAAGGGAAUUUUGUCCACAGGGCAAAGUCAACUGGAAAGCUUUUGUGGCAUCAAGCAUUUGCAUUGCCAUCAUCACAGUGGGCCUUUUCUCAAUUCGUUCCUUCCGGCAAAAGUUAUUUGCUUUCCUUUCUACUCUCAGCCCUCAAUGGUAUAGCAGAACCAUUCCAGAUCCAGCAAACAGCACAUGGGUAAAGAGGUAUCCCAUUGCAGAGGUAAGGUACAAAGUCACAUUGCAGCUAGACAUGGACAGUCUCCUGAUGGCCUGGCCCAUUCCCGAAGAUCCUGAACCCCUGAUCAUCAAUGAGGUCCUUUACCAAAUGACUCCAAUCUUCAGACAACCCUAUUGCCCCAAAAGAGGACAAGAGUUCCAAGAUCACUCUACCCCCAAGGAAGAUACAAUAUACAUUGCCUCCAGUCCACAACCUACAGGAACUCUCACAGCAGACACAAGACUAGUUCAUCUAUACAAGGUGCUAGGAAGCAGAGAACCUGACUCAAAACUGUGCAACCUGACCAAUUCCUUGACAGUCACCCCAGUGGAUUACCUUCCCAGCCAUGAAGGCUAUUUACCCUCCAACAUAGAAGACUUCUCUCCACACGAGGCUCCUUCAAGUGAUUCUUUAGAACUGGAGCACCAACACAUCUCUCUUUCCAUUUUUGCAUCAAGUUCUCUUCACCCACUCACCUUCUGUGGUGAGAGGCUGACUCUGGACCAGUUAAAGAUGGGGUAUGACUCUUUCAUGAGUAAAGAGGCUUGAUACCUAGAAAGUCAGUGUGCCCAUUAGUUAUAAUCACAAGAGCAGCACAACACAUCUAAUUACCCAGUUCCUACUCCGGUGAUCACCAUCUUUGAUAGUAUCAGACCUGGCUGGCUGUAGCUUCAGGACAGUGCAGACCAGCCAGCUGUCUCCGGACUGUUAAGUUUCACCAUAGGGACUUGCUGCCUUUAACACCAGUUCCCUCUGGGUCUAAAAGCUCAAGCCACAAGAACCUGGACCUUGCUG